UGGGAGAACACCACACCCAGAGGUGUGCGGGUCACGCAGAGUGUGGAGACGCCUAGCACUUCUAGUCGUGCUGGUUAGCUCGGAUUACCUGGCAACUGAAUGAGAACAGGACAUGAGCGCUGGUCUAGACAGAGCCGCAGAGCCCUGGCGGUGAGAGUGGACAGCAGAUUUGAUCAAAAGUUUUCUCCUUCAACUGCAUCUGCAAAGGACCCCUCGCUCGUCACCAUGGUGCACUGGACAGCCGAAGAGAAGCAGCUCAUUACCAGCCUGUGGGGCAAGGUCAACGUGGAGGAAUGCGGUGGCGAAGCCCUGGCCAGGCUGCUGAUCGUCUACCCCUGGACCCAGAGGUUUUUCUCUGCCUUUGGGAACCUCUCCAGCCCCACCGCCAUCAUUGGCAACCCCAAGGUCCGUGCCCACGGCAAGAAGGUGCUGACCUCCUUUGGGGACGCUGUGAAGAACCUGGACAACAUCAAGGCCACGUACGCCAAACUGAGCGAGCUGCACUGCAACAAGCUGCACGUGGAUCCCGAGAACUUCCGGCUCCUGGGUGACAUCCUCAUCAUCGUCCUGGCCACCCACUUCAAGAGGGAGUUCACCCCUGCCUGCCAGGCUGCCUGGCAGAAGCUGGUGCGCGUGGUGGCCCACGCACUCUCGUACAAGUACCGCUGAGCCCUUGGCAGGGACCCUGCUCCUUUCCAGGCGCACCCGUGUGCGUGGAAAUGCCCUUUGGGUACCAAUGGCUGUAACAGUCGAAUAAAACCCGUCCACUGCA